CUUCGGCUGCUGUCACCGGGCUACUGGUUACCUCAAGCAGGCGAGACGUCAGUGUUGUUUUGAAUACUGGAGUCGUAUUGGCCGUAAGGAUGGGGUCCCUGGGUGAAGAUGGAGGGGGGCAGGUGUGCGACGGGGUCUUGGAACACCUGUACUGCUGUGGGGCUGCUACGGAGGUGCUCAAGUUUGGGCAGAGAGAGCUGGGUCCCCCUGGAGGGCGACGCGGCAGCCCCCCGCUGCUCUUCCUCAUCAUUCCAGGAAACCCAGGACUGGUGGGCUUCUACCGGCCCUUCAUGAGGACACUCUGGCAGAGCUUCCAGGGCCUCCACCCUGUGUGGGCAGUGAGCCACGCCGGGCACUGCGUGCCACCUGACUCCAUGGACAUGACUGAAGAUGGGCCCUUGUUGGAGACCCACGAUGUGUUUGGGCUGCGCGGGCAGAUCGAGCACAAGAUGGCCUUCCUGAAGAGGCACGUGCCCCGUGACACCAAGCUGGUGCUGAUUGGCCACUCCAUCGGCUGCUACAUCAUCCUGGAGAUGAUGAAGAGGGACCCACAGCUGCAGGUGCUAAAGGCACUGCUGCUGUUCCCGACAAUCGAGCGCAUGGCGGCGAGCCCGCAGGGCCGGCUCAUGACGCCGGUGCUGUGCCAGCUACGCUUUGCCGCCUACCUGCCCGUCUUCCUGCUCUCCCUGCUGCCCCGCAGCCUUCAAGCUGCCAUGGUCAAGCUGGUGCUCAGCGGCCUCCCUUCCCUGGACCGCACCGCUGCUGCUGCUGCGCUCAGCCUCUUCAAUGUCGACUGCGUAGCCAACGCCAUGUACAUGGGGAGCCAGGAAAUGCGGCAAGUUCUAGAAAGAGACAACCAGACCAUCAGCCAAAACCUGGACAAGCUUGUGUUUUACUAUGGAGCCAGUGACCACUGGUGCCCGGUGGAGUACUACCAUGACAUCAAGAGGGAAUUCCCCGCUGGAAACAUCCAGCUGUGUGAGAGGGGCUUCCGCCAUGCCUUCGUGCUGGACUCGGGCUGCGACGUGGCCAUCAUGGCGGCAGACUGGAUCCGCGGUGACCUGCAGCACCUGUGACACCCAGCUCCACUGGAGCUGAAGCAGAGACUCGAACCCCUGUCCCAGUGAGGCAACAGUGACCACGACAGUGCUAACUACUGUCCCCCCCCCCAUUUUAGCCCCAACCCUAAUCACCAGACCUUUGAAAAAGCUCUGAUCUGAACUUUAAUUUAAACUUUAAUUUCCAGGUGUUUGUUUGGAGACUUACUCACCCAGACCAGCUGGGAUAAAGAGAUUGUAUUAAUCGUGGAGUUUCGGGCUGCUCCUGUCUGACGACGAAGGCUAACAGCCCCAGACUGCCCCCACCAAAACGCAGAGUGAAAUUCACACGACAGCCCUGUGGCCCCCUGUGUGUGUCUGAGUGUGGCUAGAGGAUCCUGGAAGAUGUCUCACAUCUUUCACGUUGAGAGUGUCUGCGGAGUGCCACGCUUAACCCUGCGCCGAUUCGAUUUACGCACAUUCCUCGCUGAAAUACGUUAUCUGUCGAACGUCCAGAGCAGACAUGUCAGAGGUUUGUUUGGAUUAGAGGGCCGUUAUCGCCGAGCCGGUGUGAUCGCGCCGAAGACGGGGUGCUCUCCUCGCCCCGGCUGCCGUUCGCCAAGCGUUCCGCUGGGCGUAUUUGCGUCUCCGCUCGCAAUAUGAACAUCUGGGGGCCGUGCAGCUUCUCAUUCCAAUCACGCUGGCCGCCUCUCCCUGCCUGUGACGUUUGGCAGAGGGCUGCAUGGGGAACAGUUAGCUGGAGAUGUGGACGUUGGCAUCAAUCCGCGGGGAUGGGUGGCUUAGGAAUGGACCCUCCAAGUCACUCCAAGUCACCCUGAUGGACAGGAAGCCGCAGGCGGUUUGAUGGAUAAUAAUAAUAAUAAUAAUCAUUCCUUUAUUGUCCCCGUGGGGAAAUUCUUUUUACGCCUCCCUCAACUCGCUCUUUGUAGAGUAAGCUGUCUGCGAAUGGCGGCCACCUGUUAGGAUCGGAAUGUAACCAGCAAUCAGAGGCUUCAUCGUGGAGGCAGAUCAUGUAAAAGGGAAAUCUGUCACUUUCUUUGUCAUUGUAUACUAAUCUAUUAAAAAAAGUCUUUCUUCCUGAA